AUGCGGGCAAGAUUCAAGGGUCCGGGAGGAACCGGCGUCGUUUCCCUCGACGAUACCGCCACCGUUGGCGACCUUUUCAACGAGAUCAGGGACAAGACGGGGAUCGCCGACUUUAGCCUCAAGUACGGCUGGCCACUUCAAACUCUGACACUCGAACACAAGGACGCCAACGCCAAAGAUCUGGGUCUCAACGGACAGUCUUUCAGCAUUGAGCCGGCGCACUCCCGGGCCUUCACUCCUCCACCUGCUGCCCCUCCCGCCGCCACGCGAGGCCCGGAAGCCGGCGGUCCGACAGCCAACAGGGCUCGCCUCGACUCAGACGCCGAUGCGACCCCAUCAGAGAUCAGCAUCCCCUGGCCGGAGCGCGAGUCGACUUUGCGCAACUGCCUCUUCACUGCCUUUGGCGGUGCCAUACCCGGCAAGCAGCUCGAAGCCAAGGAGCUCCGCAAGAUGGUCGCAGACUACAUCCGUCAGCACCCGGACGACUACCCCGAGGCGGUCCUCGACAUGCCCGUGGACAAGUAUAUCCGCACAAUCCAGGAUCCCGAGCGCUGGGGUGGUGCCAUCGAGUUGGGCAUUUUCUCGGACCUCUUCGACCUCGAGAUCGUCGCCUUUGACGUCAAGUCUCAGAAUCCGCUCCGCUUCGGCGAGAACAAAGACUCGCGCUGUAUCCUCGUCUACUCGGGCAUCCACUACGACCGCAUCGCCUGCAGCCCUUCGGAGCCGCCCUACACCCAUUCUGAUCUGCCCCCCGAACUCGACCGCACCAACUGGAGUACCUCGGACGAUGAGGUCCUCGACAGGACGCGGGCUCUCAUCCGCAAGCUGCACGAAAUGCACUACUUCACCGAUACCAGCGACUUCCUGCUGCGCUGCACUGUCCCCGGCUGCGAUUGGCUCGGCAACGGCCAGAAGGAGGCCAACAAGCAUGCCAAAGCGAGCGGUCAUUCUGGGUUUAGUGAGAUCAAGGACGAGCCUUCUCGUGGUGCUGGUGCUGCAGCUGGCGCAGCGACCAGCUUCGGUGACAAUGCUCUUCGCAGGUGCAACGCUCCCGGUUGCGAUUGGCUGGGUACUGGUCUCGCCGAGGCAAGCAUCCACACGGGCGAGACGGGGCACACCUCGAUGACUGAGAUUCCAGACUUUUGA